CCACUCCUCCUUUAACCGGACCCUUUUUUACGCACGAGGUGGCGAGAGCCCAGGGCCACGAGUCGAGGGUGCACCAGGGCGGAAACACUUGGACAUCUUCAAACUGGCCAGCAAGAAAGAAGCUAGUAAAUCCAUGAUUUCAAUUUGAAAAGUCAUGGAUGCCCCUUCAGUUCCCCAGAUCACAGUGGUGACAGAUGAUGCCAUGGAAGAAGCAGAAAGCAUAGAGGAUUUUGACUCAGACGACCAUCUCGACAGUUUAAAGGCGCUGACACAGAAACUGAACCUGCAGACUAGGAGACCUUCUUACCUGGAAUGGAAAGAAAGAUUGACUGCAAAAGAUAUCAUUGGGGAAUUAAGGACAGGAUAUGAGCAAUUCCCAGUGGAUGAUGGUUUGGUGCAGAAGGAGAAUUCACUGUCUUCGGAUGUACUGCAGGGAUACAGCAACAUCGAUGAGGCUCUAGAUUACCUCAGGAGAGAACUGACUGACAUGCGUGUGCAGGAUCAGCAGUUGGCCAGGCAGCUCAUGAAGCUCAGAGGAGACAUAAACAAGCUGAAGAUCGAGCAGGCCUGCCACCUUCACCGACGAAUGCUCAAUGAUGCCACCUACAGCCUGGAAGAGAGAGAUGAGCUGUCGGACCUUCUGUGCGAGUGCCCAGUGACUCCGGGACUGGCACUAUCUGCCCCCCUGCGCCUCAUUGGGGUCACCAAGAUGAACAUUAACUCACGACGCUUCUCACUCUGCUAGCAGCACUGAUGGCAAUUACAGACUCUUCAAGUAAUUUUGGAUUCUUGCUAGGAUGUAGGGCUGAACAAUAUAUCACAAUCAAAUAUAAUUGAUGUCACAGUAUUUAAGUAUUUAGGUGAUAAACUCUGCAAAGAAACAAAUGUUCUGCAAUCAGAUGUUUUUUUUGUUUUUUUGUGUGCAUUUGAUUGGAUUUUAGCCUACCAGUAUCCAAAGUUAGUGUGUUAACGUAUAAUUUCUAUAUGGAAAAAUCUAACAUUUUGAUAAGUAAACAGGAAUCACUCCUUCAUUUCAAUUUAAAAUUUUCAUUUGCAAUAAUGACAUAUCUGACAAGAUACAAAUUCCGCUGCUACCUUUAAAGUAAAAGUAUGUUUUCCUGCUAUAUAAUAUUUAAACAAGGAGCUGAUACUGUUUACAGCCACCUGCAAAAGGGCAAAAGAAGGAACUGUCAAUCAUCUUGUAACAGUCAAGAGAUUAUAUUAAGUGUUCAAUGAGGUGUGACUAUGAUUAAAUCCAUACUGGGUAAAUAUGAGUCAUCUGUUUGCCAGAUGACAUGGCCAGUCUGUCUGUAGUCCUUGUUUUUCCUCUGGGUUAUCCAGUGUUACAUAAGGACCUGGGGACAGCGCUAGUUCUCAUAGUUUGAAUUCUGUGGGGGGUGCUUAGGGGCUUGCAUGUGAGAAUGUCUGAAUCCCUGGCCUUCUGGGGAUGGAGCUUAAAUAGCUUAUUAUGAAUGACUGUGCUGAGGCUGUAGUUUUUAUGCAUGAUGUCUUGGUGUAGUCAUAGUAUCUCUACUGAAAACCCUGUCAAAAUGGGCACUUUCAUAUACAUUUUUGUAAUAAACAGUUAUGGGCUCCCAGAACACCUAUUCACUGAACACCUACAGAACACCUACGCACUUGUGACAGUAAGAAAUUUCAUGCAUAAACUGUAUACAACAUGCCAAAAAGUGACAAGCAAACAGAAUUAUGGCAAUAUCUGAUAAUGAACUUUUAUCACUUCUUUAGAUUCAGGUUCAGCGGUUGAAGAAUUUUUCACAAAAUGCAAAUUCAUAAUCUGUGUGUGUGCUAUGCCAUUUUAGAAUCAAAACACCAGUUCAGUAUGGGCCGUCUCACACCGCAGUGUCCUGUUACUGCAGAGAUGCAAGCUGUAACCUAAGCAUGGGUGUGUUGUUUCAGUGCUCAGAUCAUUUACCCUUUCAGGCUUCUCAUUGGCUUUAUGUUUUAAAGCAUAACCUUCAUUUCAUACUGAAUCAAAUAAACAAGAGUGUCAUUUUGUAAAUGCUGUAAAAUAAAUAGUGCC